AAAGUGUUUUCGAAAAAUGGAAAACUUAACGUUCCAGCUCUGUUGUUCUGUUGCAUUUGAAGUGUGCACAGCAGGACACUGCUUCUCUUAAACUAUUCAAUAUUUGUUUUCGCAAAUAUCUUAGAAUUAUUUUAUCAUUAUGCCUACGAUAAAUUGGAAAAAAAGUGAUAAAAAUACGAACUUAAAGUAUAUUCCACAAUGGCCUCCAGUGAAUAUAGAAUUUCAGGAUCUCUCGUAUUCUGUUCCACAUCAAAGCGGUAAAAAUGUCAUCUUGAACGGAAUCAGCGGACAAUUUCAAUCAAGUCAAAUAUCAGCUAUCCUUGGUGCAUCCGGAGCUGGCAAAAGCACUUUACUAAAUAUUUUGGCCGGCUUCAAGACAAGCAAGACAUCUGUCAACGUUCUUAUUAACGGCAAACCGAGAUGCAUAAGAACAUUUCGCAAAAUGUCACGGUACAUAAUGCAGAAGGAUUUGCAUCAUCAUCAUUUAACUGUCCACGAAGCUAUGAUGGUGUCUGCUGACCUAAAACUGGGAAAUCAUUUAACCAAAUUGCAGAAGAACGAAGUGAUUCAGCAGAUUUUGGAUCUGCUGGGGUUGACUAACACCAGCCAAACGAUGUGUGAGGUACUCUCUGGAGGAGAAAUGAAAAGACUGUCUAUUGCCCUAGAAUUGGUUGACAAUCCACCAGUCAUAUUCCUAGACGAACCGACGACUGGACUAGACGAUUUAUCCAGUUCCCAGUGUAUCUCACUUCUUCGUCGAAUAGCACUCGGAGGACGAACAAUUGUAUGCUCAAUACAUAUUCCAUCAGCAAAAAUAUUGGAAAUGUUUGAUCUCGUUUAUGCAAUGGCUGGCGGACAAUGCGUGUAUCAAGGAAGUCCAUCGCAAAUAAUUCCUUAUUUGCAAACAACUGGUUUGACCUGCCCUAUUACAUACAAUCCAGCCGAUUUCAUUGUGGAGGUGUCUUGUGGCGAUUGCGGAAUAGAGUACAUAGAUCGAAUGGUUAGUGCGGCGGAAAAUGGUAAGUGCAACAGUUGGUCACUUCAUCUAGCCAAUCAAAAUGUGCUGCGUAAAAAAGGAAGAGAUAAACCUCCAGUAAAAAUUCCGGAAGACAUCGACCCAAAACAACUGAAAUGUCGAUCCUCAAGCUGGGAUCAAUUUAAAGUGUUGCACAACCGACGAUGGAAACAAAUGAGUAGAGAAUCGCUUAGCUUACCAUUUAAGUUUUGCGUGUCGCUAUGCACGGCUGUGUUGGUUGGAUGCUUAUUUCAGGGCUGUGGAAAUGACGCCUCAAAAGCGAUGUUUAAUGUUCAAUAUUCUUUUACCGUUACCAUACUGUUCAUAUAUGCCCCUCUUAUGAUGGUUUUGGUGUAUUUUCCCGGUGAAAUUGCUCUUCUGAAACGUGAACAUUUCAACAGAUGGUUCAAAUUAGCACCGUAUUACUGGGCCUUUCUUUUGGCAACAGCUCCUGUACAUAUUGUGAUAUGCUUGACAUUUCUGACCGUAACAUACCCAAUGACCGAUCAACCGCUCGAAUGGACUCGAAUAUGUAUGUUUUUCUCUAUUACAAUAAUGAUCGCGUUGGUAUCUGAGAGAAUGGGUCUACUAAUAGCUAGCAGAUUUAAUCUCGUUAAUGGACUGUUCAUUGGACCAGCGGUCAUGUUUCCGAUAGUACUAUUAUCCGUAUGCGGAAUGGGUGAUGGAUAUAAAUUCGAAAUAUCGCCAUUUUUAAAGUUUCUAAGGAACUUCAGCUAUCUUCGGUUUGCUUUGGAGGGGCUGUUUGACGCAACAUAUGGUCAUAAUCGAGCGGAUACCGUUUGUCCAGAUAUCGAAAUGUUUUGCUUGUUUGCCAAGGCAGACUAUUUGAAAAGUCUGCUCGGAUUUCAUGAGUCCAGCUAUUUGGUAUCGAUCGUUGCACUGUGGUCAUACUAUUUAUUGUUCGCGACAAUGGCCUAUUUUAUGAUAAAAAUGAGAUUGUCGCUAUUUACUCCUACAUAACCGUAGUUAAUACAAUUUUACAUUUGCUUGCUAAAAA